AAAGUUAGUGAGGAGACGCUGAUUUCUUGACAAAACGGUAUCUCGGUGAGGCAGCUGCAUUGUAUGCUUAAAAAAUCAGUGUUACAUACAUAUCUAAAUAUGUACAUACGCGUAUCUCAAAUUACUCGAACUUUUGGGUUCCAUUGACCCACACACAAACGCCAAUUAAAAGGAUAUACGUUUAAUUCAUCUGAUUCACAAGCAACAAAGGGAUUUAAGGCAGACUUUCGCUUUCCACUUCACAUCCUCAUAUAAAAGUUGGUGAUAAAGACCCGUAAACUUUCUUUAACGAAAAGUCCGUCAGUUGGACCACUUGUGCAAGUGCGUGCGAGUUUUUUUUCUCAAAAUGCCUUAAACUACAUAUUUCAUAUAUUUUUGUAAAAUAUGUAACUCAAUCGUCUAAGUACUUUUUGUCACAUAAUUAUUACUGCUGUGUUAAACAAGAGAGGAGUUCACCUCCCAUAGAAUAUAAUAAAAUAUGUUGUUAAACUUUGUAAAAAAAUUGUUCAAAAUGGUGCCAAGAAGUUCGUCCUCGUAUGCGUUAAUCAUUUCACUAAUUAUUGCAAUAAAGUGUGAACCACCCCCAUUUGGAGACGACGGUCCCCCCGAAUACUCUGAACAGCAGAACCAUCGCCAUCAUAAUCCGUACGAAUCAAGUCAUGACCAAGGAAAGUUUGACUACGGGCAUGGAUUUGGAUUAGGCCAUGAGCCAUCAGGAUACAGUGAUAGUGGUGACGACAACAGCAUUUACGAGCAAAGUUACAGUCCAUCUUACGACUAUCAUUCGGACGGAUACGGAUCAAAUUAUGAAAAUAAUUAUAAUAACCACGGACCAAGCUACGUUCCAAAAAAGCACACAAUCAAACAAUAUAGUCACAGCAAUCCAAAUAAAAAGUAUUCCAAUCUUUAUUCCGGUCACAAAGGAUACGGGCAAUACGGGGACGGAAUGACUGCAACCCAGUCUGCAAACUAUGGAGGUGACGACGAAGGUUCCAGCAGUAGCAGUUCCACUAAAAAAGGGGGCAACAGUCACGGCCACCACGUGCAUAAGGUGCAAGCCGAGAAGGACGAAAAAGGAGGUGAAACCGUGUCCUAUGAGUCUUCUGGAUAUCACACCAAGGGACACUCGUCGCACGGAGAUGAUGGUCAUGGGCAUAAAGAAACAUCCCAUGGCCACGGUGGUGGUGGUGGUUAUCAUGGUGGUGGAGGACAUGGAGGUCACGGAGGUCAUGGUCAUGGAGGUCAUUACGGUCUACCUGAAAUUGCUCAUGGUCAUUACGGAGGUGUGAAAAUAAAGAACAUUUUGCACAGGGAGUCAGAGUCGCAUGCUCGUAUCCGUCGAGGAGGCGGAUAUGGUGGGGGUGGGUAUGGCGAUGCCGGGUGGGGCACCAAUGGGGGUGGGGGCGGAUGGGGGGCAGGGGGAGGGAAAGGAGGCGAUUCCUUAAUAUGGAUUUAUUUUGGAACUGUGAAGGGGGAGGUGCGCACGGGGGGACUGGAGGUAUAUACCUCAAAACAAGUUACUACUCACAAGUUUGUCAGAUAUAAUUAA